AUGACCCGUGAGUGUCGGCAGGCCCUGAAAGGACGGCAGCCGGUUGGGGGCAGGGAGACUUCAACACAGGCCAGCUGUGUGGAAAGUGGUGGUACCUGUAUAAACUCUCUCACAGGUGGGAACCAGCAUGAACUUGCCCGCCAAAAGAACCUGAAGAAGACUCAGGAGAUCCACAAAGGGAAAAGGAAAGAGGAUAGUUUGUCUGCUUCUCAGAGGAAAAACAGAGACUCUGAGAUUAUGCAGCAAAAGCAAAAAGCAGCUAAUGAAAGGAAGUUGUUGCAGUCAGGAGGACAAUGAGGUGUGCCUGUGUGGAGAAGAUCAGAGUGCACCAAUGAAGCAGAAGGGCCUAGAAGAUAUUCAUGCAAAUAUCUGGCCAUUAAAUGAUUAAAUGUCUUAUUUUGCAGAGUUGUUCAGCUAGCAGUAGUGUAGAGUUUUUUUUUUCUGGUUAGCAUAGGCAUGGUUGUCUGGAGUGUGACUUAAACUGACUACACUUUUCUGCAUGCACAUGAAUAAAACU